AUGUCGUCGUCGCCGCCGCAGAAACGUAUCGGCUUGCCAUGGCCGGAGCUCAACGAUGGUUUGGUAUAUAAAGAUGUCGUCUCAUCUUCUGAGUCAGAGUUAACGACUUUGUCUGAUUUCUACUCAACCAAAUACAAGAGCUCAGCUCCAUUGCUAGGGUGGAUUCAACGAAUACAAAACGGACAGAUACAAAUUGAUGGGGAAGUUGUAAAAGAUCCCAACACACUUCUUAGGAGUGGUUCCAAGUUAGUUUACCAUAGGCUUCCUUGGAAGGAACCUGACACGCCGUAUUCGCUAGACAUUUUGUAUGAAGACGAUGAUUUGAUCGCUUUAAACAAGCCUUCUGGACUUCAAGUAUUGCCAGGAGGGCUUUUCCAGCAACGGACUUUGUUGACGCAACUGCAGUGGUGUUUUGGUAAACAAAAUUCUUCCACCGGAUCCCCUGAAUCACACCCUGUCCCUGUACAUCGACUGGGUAGAGGAACAUCAGGUAUACUUCUCUGUGCGAAGACAAAGCUUGCAAAAACUAAACUUGCAGCUUAUUUUGCUGAGGGAACAUCUCUUGUUGGGUCCGGUAACCUGGAUCAAGAAUGUGGAACCGGAAGAAAAAUAUCAAAGAUAUAUCGAGCACUAGCUGACGGUAUAGUUGAAGAAGAUGAGGUAGUUAUCAGACAGCCUAUUGGAGUGAUUCAGUAUCCUGGGGUCGCAAAAGGAUUAUACGUUGCAUCUCCGGAAGGCAAACCUACUCUCAGUAAACUAUAUGUUCUGGAGAGAGACAGACAAAGAAAUUGCACGCUGGUUAAGGUGGAGAUACAAUCUGGAAGACCACACCAAAUCCGGAUUCAUCUUGCAUACAUCGGACAUCCCUUGGUAGGGGACCCUCUUUACAUUGCAGGCGGACAACCAAAGUGCCUCGAUCCAGAUUUUGUAGAUGCUAGUCCUCUUGCCAAAGAUGGGGGUUACCAAAGGCCAAGUCAGGCUGUUCCUGGGGAUUGUGGAUAUCAUCUGCAUGCUCAUCAAGUAGAGCUACCAAACCUGUUGGACACUCGUAAGGUUGUUAAAAUCGUGGCUCCACUACCACCAAUUCUCCACACAAGUUCCGAAGCAGAAGAAAAAAAGUUAUUCCUCCUGCAAGUGAAGUUGAAUUAA